AUGUUCAUUUUAUUGGUAGCUCUUACAAUUUCAGUUACAACUGCGGAAAAUAUUUACAGUGUUUCUUAUGCUGAUGGUAAAUUAUCAAAUAUUGAUGUAUAUGAAGAUAAAAAAUGUUAUAAAAUUAGUGCAUCAACAUCUCAGAAGUAUGUUUAUGUAGUUGCAACAGAAUCUAGUGCUGCAAAGAUUGAACAAUAUACUUAUCUAGUAAAAGAUUGUGGAGAUGCAGAUAUCCAGCCUGAAGAUUUGCCUAUUACUGCAAAAAAAGAUAUUAAUACUAGUAGUACUAAAAGAUACUAUCUUUACAAUGAGGAACCUGAUAAUAUGAAAACUGAAUGUAGCCUUAUAACUAAUAAUGAAUACGAAGAUGACAAAUGUACUAUUAAAAUUUCUGAAUUAGUUUCAUAUACUUGUAAUAUCCCAAAAAAUAAUGAAUGUCAACGAUAUUCUAAAACUAAUUUCUAUUAUAAAACACAAAAUAAAGUUGGUUACUACGGUACAUUCGAUUUCCUUGAUGAAAACUGUACUCAAGAAGCAAACUUUGGAACAAGUAUGAUCAAAUGUGGAAUGUGUUCACCAACUUUAGUUCCAUCUGAUAAAAACAAACCUAUCAUAUAUUCAAUACAUCAAUGCGAGGAUGAGUGUAUUAUUGAUGGUUCUGUUAGUACUAUUGUUUCUUUCAUUAUUAUUGUUCUUUUCUUCCUUUUUUAA